AUGUAUGAUGAUGAAAAUUAUGAUGAUGACGAAGUCGAAGACGAAAAGAAACACGAGGUGGAGAACAGUGAUGUAGCUCAGCCUUUUCCUUCUCCAGCUUCAGCAGUGGACGAGAAAAAAUGUCAGGAAAUGUGGGAUCGGCAAGUUCAAAGUCUAUAUACUGCUGACAAUGGUGCCAAAGGACUUAAAAUGCGACGUCGCCCAUUUCAAACUCAAGCAGAAGAAGAAAUUGAAGUUGAGGCGGCAGAGUUGUGCAGGAUGCUAAUGGAUGAUGAAUGGAAAAAGAAGAAAAAGGAACGAGCUGUUGAGGAGCAAGUUGGACUGGCCUCAAAAUUGAAGUUUGGUCCUGAAAGCAGUGAACGAAUUAAGAAAAACAUUGCAGCUGUUAAGCAAAUCAUCAAGUCCGAGGGAUCCUAUGCAUUGAAAGAAAUUAGUACCAAAAAUAAAUAA